AUGGCGACACAAACCAUGCAGGCCAUGGGCCCAUCGUCCCUCGACAAGAACGCAAUGGCGCGCAAACCACUCCCCGCGCUGCCCUCGCCCACCCUGACGAACCCGGACAUGGUGCUGCCGAACGAACAGCGCUCGUAUGCGCCGGUCAAUUCUCCGCCGCGGUAUGGGAGGCCGCCGAGUCCGAGUUACCUGCGCGAUUCGACGGCGAACGAGCUGCGCAGUGCGAGGAGUAUGGGGAGUAUGGUCACGCCGGAUAAGAGGGAGAAGCGGGGGUUGAUGAGUCGGAAGAUGAUGUUGUUGAGGAGUCGGACGGCGAGCGGAGGGGUGCAGGUUGCUAAGGAGGAGCCGGUGAAGGACGAGUUUGAGAACUUUGACUCGGCGUAUGGGUCGUCGCCGACGCUGAUGGAUGUUGGGAAUCUUGCGCCGGAGGAGAGGGAGUUAAGGCGGGUGAGUGUUGGGGGCAGCUCAACGGGGAGCGAUGAUAUGGCGUCGCUGCCGCAGUUUUUGGCAAAGUAUGAGAACCAGGAUGCGGCGAGUACGGACGAUGAGGAUGAAGACGAGGUGGUGACUCCGACUGAGCCGCAACACGGUUUGAGUUUUGAGGAUGGGCUGGAAGCGAAGAGGAGACAGCAGGAGGAGGAUGAGCAUACUUCGGCGCUGUUGAGUCAACGGGCAGAGCAGAUUCUGGCGAAUGCGAAGAAGAGGCUGAACCUUAUGGAAGGCAACCUGCGAGGCGCACGAGAUCUGGUCGCACCAUUAACAACUGCUAAUCUCAAGCGCGCCACUUCUGUCGGAUCUUCAUACGUGACACCAACGAAAAGCUACGGGGCGAGGAACAGAGCCAUCUACGACCGGCCUCACUACGAGCGCACGAACACGAGACAGCAGAAACGACUCUCAGCACAAGCCAGCGCUCCUCACUUGGCAGAAGACUUUCACCAGGGACACUCACGUGGAUUCAGCGAGACCGAAAUACCGGACCGACCGUACACAGCCUUUGAGCAGAACGCUGACCACAUCAUACCGAACGGCCGGACUCCGAACAAGAUGCCAGAGUCUGCUCGGAACAACCCUUUACGGGGAAGCAGGAGCUACGAUUCACUGGGCAAACUCCAGCUUCGAAAAACGCGAAUGCAAGGCUCACCUGACCCCAGUCUUGAACCACUGGCCGAAGACGAAGGACAGCAGUACCACGCCAUGUCCACCCCGUUCGAUCGCCGUGGCUCAACCGACAGCAGCGUCGGUACUAACCGCUCUGAAUCCCGCACCGAAGAUCUACGGGAGCAAAUGAGCAGUCUGAAAGGCCGCAUUUCGAGCUUGCGCGACCGCGCACGUGAGGAUAAUCUUCGCCGGCAGAGCAUGCUCAACUUGCGCGAACCUUCGCCGCUGAAUAAUGCUACGGUGUAUCCGCCGGAGCUCUUCUAUACUUCGUCGCCGGCGUACGGGCAGCCGGCGCUGGAUACUAAUGCGGGCGUGGGGUGGUCAUCGAAGGAGAAUAGUCCUGUUGUGGCGAAGGGGGUGGAGCAGGUUUGGGCGCCUCCUGAGCAAGGGUUUACGGGGAGUAGGAAUGCGUUUGCUGAGCAGGAGCGGAUGGCGCAGCAGCACACGGUGGGAGAGGAGAGGAGAGGCAGUGUUGAAAGUGUGCAGCGGGAUGCCGGGAAGGGGAGGCGGCCGAGUAGGGAUCUUCUGGAUACGGGCCUAGGAAUCUCGCACCAGCGGACGACGAGCGGGACGGCUAUUGUUCAGUCUUCUAAGCAUCGGUACUCGCACCAUCAGCAGCAGCAGCAGCGAUCUAAAGAUCUGGCGAACGGCGUCAAGAACACGAGGAGUGUGACUGCUACACCGAUCGACGACACCCACUCCGAAGCAGGCGACAGCGUCUACGAAGACGCCUCCUCCGACCCACCGCCGCCCGUCGUCGCCCACGAAGACCGCGAGGACGCUUUCGACUAUAAGAACUUCUUCCUCCUCUCCGCGGUCAAAACUUACGGGCGCCGGGGGUCGACGUCCAGCGAGACAUCGACGACAUCAACGGCUACGGCUCGCGGACCUUCUGCCGCCGCUGGCGCGAUCGCAGACGGCGACGAUGCGUUCGCGGAUGAUGAACGCGUGCACUACCCGCCUCCUUCACCGGAGACACCAGAGCGACUAAGAGAGAUUGAGAGAAGUCUAGGCGCGAGUCUGCACAAACGCACCAUGUCGACCGAAAGCACAAGCACCGUGGCCACUUUCGCCACUGCGACGGAGGGAUGGGACGAGGAUGAAGAAGUCGAGUGGCCUAUGCCUGGCCCUUCCUCCCCUAAACGACCUUCCUCCCGGCCUGGCACGGCGAUCCAACUCACCCACCCCCAGCUCACUUCCGCAGCGCGCAGCGACUCCUCCUCCGAACGCGCCGACUCCGGCGUCGGCGGCUUCUCCCACCGCUCACACAGCAUUAAGCGUCCCGCGCCUAAAUCGCUCUCCCGACCUUCCACAUCACCCUCGCUUCCAGUCGCGAGCCCGCCGAUGUCUCCCAGCAUGGUCGCAGAUCCGACGACGGUCGCGGUGAACGCGCUGUUAGCUGGUGUAAGUGGUGGAGGGAUCAAGGGGCUGGGGUUGAAGGAGAAGGCGUUGGUUUUUGGGGUUGUGGAGGGGUUGGGGAGGGUGGUUAGGGGGUUGGGGGAGGGUGGGGAGAGGGGUGGGGGUGUGAAGGAAGGGGAGUUGAGGCGGAGGCUGGAGAGGGCGAGGAGGGCGUUGGAGGGUAAUUGA